AUGAGAUCUUACAUGAAUCUUAGCGUGGCACCUUGUGAUGACUUUUACGAAUACGCCUGCGGAAAUUGGAAAAAUCUCUUGACAAACACGGAGUUGGCCCAAGCUCUCAACGUCUCUACGGAACUGCAGGUUGCGCAAAAAUUCUACAACGCGUGCCUCUCGGCUGUGGUGUUUCCGUUUCCAGCCGCUGAACCCGCUUAUCUGAAGCUAAUCAGGUCCGUAGGCGGUUUUUCAAAGAACCCAGAGGGUGUGGCAAACUAUCUGGCCAUGCUAUUGUUAUAUACAAUGGAUGCAAAACUGAAGGGGGAGAAGUAUCACAAGGAUUACUGCCUCUCGAUGGUGCGUUUCAGCUUUCCCCAUCUCCUUAACAAACUUUACAUGGCGGAUCAGUUUAACGAACGGACUCGCUCAGAAGUAUAUGCUAUUGUACAGGAAGUUCGUAAUAGCCAGAGGAAGGCGCUGGAGAAAGUCGAAUGGUUGGACCCCGAGACCCGACGGGAGGCACAGCUAAAGGAGUCCACCAUUGAAUCUAUUAUUGGAAGCUACGAAAACGAAGAGAUUACCACACGUAUGAUCCAAGAAAUCCGCGGCUUGGACUUGAAGGAAGCGAGCUACCCCCAGAGCUUGAUCCACCUACGAAAACUGGUUACCCGCUUGCGACGUUUUAAUGGAUUUCACUACGAGGAACUGCAUAACGAAUCCAAGCCCCUGGAUUUUCUUUUGGGCAUGCAGGUGAAUGCCUUUUAUUACAACCUUGAUAACUCCAUUUAUGUGAUGGCUGGCAUUUUGCAUCCACCUGCUUAUCAUCCUGACUGGCCCAAUUCUCUGAAACUUGGUACUUUGGGCUACCUGAUGGGCCACGAGCUAACCCACGGCUUUGACACUAUGGGCUCCAACUUCGACAGUGAAGGGGAAAUGCGCAACUGGUGGUCAAAGAAGUCUCGAGGUGUUUUUGAGGAGCGGGCAAUGUGUUUUGUGGACUACUACGACCGCUAUUUAAUACCUGAGAUUAAUAGGAACAUCAACGGCAAAGGGACCCAGGACGAAAACAUCGCGGAUAGCGGUGGGCUGCAGGGUGCCCUUGAUGCAUAUCGAAACCAAAUGAAACAGUUGAAGAAUAGAAGCGAGGGGGCCAACGCGACCCUAGAAAGCGAAAAAAUGCCCGGACUGGAUCUGUCGCCAGAACAGCUUUUCUUUCUCGGAUUUGCCCAGCUAUGGUGUGCGGAUUACGAGCAGGAACAUUAUUGGGAAGAGUUAGGCAAGGAACACACCAUCGACAAGUACCGUGUCUUGGGCGCAGUCUCCAACAAUCAUGAUUUUUCUCAGGUCUUUAAUUGCCCCUCCGGCAGUCCAAUGAAUCCCAAAAAUUCUUGCCGCAUUUGGUAA